CAAUGUUCAUUGUGGUCAACAGUCAACAGUUGCAACAGCCAUUGUGACGGCGUCUUUAGGUUUUCACCGGUGCUCUGUGAAUUAUUGCUGAUAUUUCGGUAGCAAUUACUUGAAGAGUAUUGUUAAUAAUUGACGAGGCGAGAUGAACGCACCCCCGACCUUCGAGUCGUUCUUGUUGUACGAGGGAGAGAAAAAGAUAAUAAAGGAACAGGAUACCAAAGUGCCGAAUGCCGCAAUCUUUACGAUCAACAAGGAGGAUCACACGCUGGGAAACAUGAUCCGCAAUCAGUUGCUGAAGGAUCCUCAAGUGUUAUUCGCCGGCUAC